GGUAACAACCGAGAAGCACGGCACUCACCGGACUGGUUCCUUGUCUUCCCCUUCCAACACUCCCACGCUGGUUCUCAGCUUCAGAAUGGCGUGGGUUUCUCUCCAUAAAGAUGAUUUACUGCGCCCAAAGUUACGAAGUGCUUCAAGCCUGCCAUCCCAAAAACAGAGCAAUUAUCAAACACCUCCUCUGGAAGAGCUUCAGCGCCUGCUUUGGGCUCACAAACCUUCCACAGGCCACGUGAAUGAAGUCUGGCCAAACCUCUUUGUGGGAGAUGUGUAUACAGCUCGUGACAAAGAUCAGCUGCAACAGAUGGGCAUCUCCAACAUUGUGAAUGCUGCUGCAGGCAGAUUUCACAUCAACACUGGAGCCAAGUUCUACAGAGACCUGCCUGUGGAUUACUAUGGAAUAGAAGCAGAUGAUGAUCCAAAUUUUGAUCUCAGCAUUUACUUCUAUCCUGUUGCUAGGUAUAUAAGAGCUGCACUAAAGUCUCCAAGAGGCAAAGUAUUGGUUCACUGCGCAAUGGGGAUCAGCCGAUCAGCAACUCUUGUGCUUGCCUUCUUAAUGAUCUGUGAAAGCUUGUCCCUUGUGGAUGCAAUUCAGACUGUGCGUGAACACAGAGGGAUCUGCCCCAAUUCUGGCUUUCUCAGGCAACUUCGGGAGCUGGACAUCCGAUUAAGGGGAGAAAAGCUAGAACGAACAGACUCCUUCAGAUUUUAGCUGCAGGUACAUCUCCGGAUUCCCAAACAAGGGAACUGGGUUGCCCCUUUGAAGACCGCAUCUCUGCAAGAUACAUAAACCUGGAAGAUACUGUAAUUGUUUGGAGAACUCUAUCUGGGACUUUCAUUGCACAAGUCGCCAGAAAAAGGGGUCCUAGUUUAUUUAAGUGACAAUGUGCUUGCCAAUUCAAAGACAUAUGAAAUAAAGAGGCAUUCAGUAUGGUACA